UUUGUUGCGCCACUGUGUACGUUUUAGUCAAUUUUCAUUCAAGUUUCCCCCCCGACUUUCACUUUUCCUCUCCAACCUUGACGUUUCGUGUAGUGUAAACGCGACUUUAGCAGUCGCCAUGAUGGAAACUUUUUAACUGUCAACAUUCCUAAUCAAAACAUGCAACAACAGCCCCAAAACGAUGGGGGCCCUGAUAAUGUCUGCGCCGGUUGUCUCAACGUGCUGGACGAAGAGGACGUCAUCAGUGCCCUCAAUCAGGAGUGGCAUGUGGAGUGUUUCCGUUGUUCGGCAUGUGACGCGUCCUUGUCCAAUUGGUACUUUGAAAAAGACGGUCUUUUGUUUUGCAAGGAUGACUAUUGGUCCCGCUAUGGGGAGUCAUGUCAACAGUGUGGUCAAAUAAUCACAGGGCCCGUUAUGGUGGCCGGGGAGCACAAAUUCCACCCCGAAUGCUUUUGUUGUGUCUCAUGUGGGGCUUUCAUCGGCGAUGGGGACUCCUACGCCCUCGUCGAACGCUCAAAACUCUACUGCGGACAAUGCUACAAGAGACAGAUGCAACCGCUCAAACGCAACACUAAAUGUCCAUUUAUCCGAAAACCACACUCAAUUAGAUUAGUGGAAAUUCCCGGGGGACAAAAAGGAAUCAAACUAUCCAAGGAUUCACGAAAUAAAUGCUUGAUUUCAGAGAAAAUACGGGGAAAAUUGAUUCGACUAGCUUUGGCUUUAAUAACAAAUGCAAUUAACACAUGUUGCUUGAUUUUGCCACAUAGACUUGACAUGAACGACGACUUGAUGUCGCUCCAUAUUGGUGAUAAAAUUCUCGAAAUAAAUGGAACACCAGUCAAGGACACUGCCAUUGACACUGUUGAAAAUCUCCUAAAAUACUCGGAUACAGUCUUGCAACUAACCAUAGAACACGAUCCUGACACUAAAACACUCACAACCACGUCCAGUGAUACCAACAUUCCAGUAACAAAAGUCACCAAACCUGAACCAAAUCUAGGCGAUUCAAUUAGUGACAUUUGUCCGGACGUUAGCAAACCUGUAAACAAAGAACGUUUAUUUAAACGACGUGAUGAAGGUUACAUGAGUGGGACACGAUCUAGACAGCUGCGACGUAAAAAUCACUUAUCUGACAUUCGCCAACUUGAUAAAGAACGUAGUUCGUCAAUGAGUCGACUACUAGAUGAGACACCAAACUCAAAACGUUUAGAAUUAUCCAGAGCCUACUCAUUUCUUGAAUCACGACCCCCACAACGUGUUUUUCGUGCCUCUGACCUUGUCAAAGGUGAACUUUUAGGUCAAGGUUUCUUCGGUCAGGUGUUUAAGGUUACGACACGUGACACCGCCGAAGUUAUGGUCCUCAAAGAACUAUACCGUGUGGAUGAGGAAGCACAAAAGAAUUUCCUCAAAGAAGUUGCAGUUUUGAGGAGUUUACAUCAUAAUAAUGUUUUGCGUUUUAUCGGUGUUUUGUAUAAAGAGCGAAGACUUCAUUUGGUCACUGAGUAUAUAUCGGGGGGUACUUUAACGGAAUUGAUACAUGAUACGUCUCAACCACUUCCCUGGGAGCAAAGAGUGUCUUUUGCGAAGGAUAUAGCAGCAGGGAUGGCUUAUUUGCAUUCAAUGAAUAUCAUUCAUAGGGAUUUGAAUUCGCAUAAUUGUUUGGUGAGGGAGGAUAAGACUGUGAUUGUAGCGGAUUUCGGAUUGGCGAGAAUUGUGUCACAUACGACGAAUAGUGCGACGAGGAUGUCCCCCAAAAGACAGGAGAGGAAAAAGAGAUAUACGGUAGUGGGGAAUCCCUAUUGGAUGGCUCCCGAGAUGAUGAAAGGGAAUAAAUACGACGAAAAAGUGGAUAUCUUUAGUUUCGGGAUUAUACUAUGCGAGAUUAUUGGGCGUGUCUUGGCCGACCCUGAUUUCCUCCCUCGUUCCAACGAUUUUGGUCUUAAUCAAAUGACCUUCAAAGAGAAAUUCUGUGGUUCUUGUCCUGAAGCCUUCUACAAAAUUGCAUUCUUAUGCACUGAUCUCAAUCCUGAUAAACGGCCGCCAUUUGAGGUUAUGGAAGUUUGGUUAGAAAGUCUUUCUAUGCAUUUAUCAGUGGGAAUGCCACUCCCACCUGAUUUACUCUUCGAUAUUCAACAUUAUAGAGGCAUAAGUCCGAGUUCGUCGGGGAGUAACACCCCUGAUAGCAUUUCGGGACACCGAAGUCCGGCCCUGGAGCCGAUCAAAGAGGGCAAAAUGGCCGAAAAACCGAAAGUCGAAAGUGUCGAAUUUCCAAAUUAUGAGAACGUCGAGUUUGUAAAAAGUGACAAGGCUGCCAACUUGAAAUUGGGGACGAAUUUGAGUCUUCAGAGUAUCAGUUUGAAUACGAUGUGCCCCUCCCGAGUGACCCAAAAAUUCGUUAAUAAUUCUAUAGUACAAAAGAAAAGUAUCCCAGAUGUGGUCUCGUCCACAUUGACCAAAAACCCCGAUUAUAAUAAUUUGUGUUCGUCCCGGAGGCGUUAUAUGAGGGUUUCGGGGACUCCUUUGAUGUCUCGACGCAAGCCUUGCGAGUCUGAAAGUGGGGCUUCCGUUGUGCGGACCAUUAUCGAUAAUUUUAAUAAGAAAGAGUUGGACAGGGGGGCUUACGGCAGGUGCUCGUUGAGAGUAACCGGGGGGCGCAGUGACAGCCCCGACGAGUACACACCGUUGUAAUUAUAGUAAUUAACAGUGCUUUAAACGUUCCAAUGCUCAUGUAAUCCGACAAAAUUACUAAUUAUUCUGUGAUAAAUCUGUUAAGUAUUAAGAAACGGAACAAUUUAUCGUUUAAUUUAGGUUUUAUGUGAUAUCAUUCACUUAACGUACUUAUCGCCACAUUCCAUGUAUGUAAAUAAAAUGAAAUUACACAAAACUUAUUUAUUAA